UUCCGGUUCGAGGUUUGUAGGUCAUAGUAUGCUGUUGAGGAAAAGAUGGCAGAUAAAGUACCAGAAGGGACACGAUCUUCGUCUUACGCUAAGCGUGUGGACCCCAAACGAGAUGCUUUAAGCUCGGAGCAGACUGAAUUUAUGCGAAAGAUGGAACUGGCACAGUGGCAGAAAAACCUGUCAAAACGACAAGGGCGAAAUGUUAUAACUGGGCUUAUAAUAGGCGCAGUCGUGGUAGGCAUCUAUGGCUACACAUUUUACUCAGUCUCUCAAGAAAAGUUCAUGGAUGAAUUGGAGGAAGAAGCAAAGUCUGCCAGAGCAAGAUUGCCAAAAACAUCUGCAAACUGAAUUGGAUUGUAAACAAACACGAAUGUUUGAAAUUGUACUUUUCAGAUUUCACAAGGACAUAAAUUGCAUUGAUGUUCUUCAUAAAUUGUCUUGUUGCAGCUUCUCUGUUCUUUUGAACCUGGUCUAAUUUAUUAAACCAGUGUCCCUUUUUUUUUCCCCUGGGAUCACACAGUCCUCCAUUGGAAGAGGAGGUAUUUUCUCUUAUUCUGGCUGAUAACAGGUUUUGUUUGGGAUACUAUUAAGCUCCUUUGUGGAGAAUAUUAUUGGUUUUGGCACACUGUUCAUAUAAUGAAAAUGCAUAGACUGUCUGCUAAAGAAAACUAACUUUAUUGUGCAUCCUGAUAAGGAAGUGACAUAAGUUAUCCAGAUCUUGCUUUUGGUCUUUAAUUCUUCUUGCAAUCAGAUUUAUACAUACUCCAAGGAAAGAGUUGCUUAUUGACUAGUAUAUUUGCACUUUAUUUUAACCCAAAUAAACCUUAAUUUUGUAUAAAUUGUA